AUGGCGGAAGCAUCUGACACGGGAUCAGCUGGAGCUGCUGGGCCAUCCACUGGGUCUGCUGAAACUUGGUAGGUAUUAAUAUCUGUUUUUCGAGCUUGAGAAAGCUUCUUACAUGACUUUUGUAUUUCAUGCUCAUUUCAUUCCAGCCGAAUUUGCCUUCAAAUCCUCAACGCACCUUAUUCAACCAUCUGUGGCCACACUUUUUGGUAAUUCCUCUUUCUACUUUUUAUUUUUUCACGUUUAGUCGAUCUUGCAUCGUUCGUCAUUUGAGUAUCAAGCCGAAUUGUCCUCAAUGCGAUACGGAACUCGAUGUGACGAAUCGCAGUCACCUUAUUCCCAAUCACAAAGCCGCUGAACUCAUAGAGAAUGUAAAGAAGAGUCGAGAAAACACGAAAGCUCUGAAGCGAUUGGCCAGUGAGAUGACGGAGGACUUGGCCAUGGACAAUAUCAGCGAUUUGCUCGACACAAGGAAUGGAUUGCCGUUGGAGGAGUCAAUGUUGAAAAAGGAAACAGUCGAAUUCUUCAAGAGGCAAAGAAGAGCGAUGAAAUUGACGGAAGAAGAGAAGAAACGAGUAUUGUUGAAUGAAUUUUUUGAUCAAGUUAUCGAUGAGAGAGAGCAACAGCUCAAUAAGCUUCAAGACGAGCUUGUUCAACUGAGAGCGGACAAGGCUAGGGCCAACGUUAAUAUAGAUACUGGUGUAAUAUCACAGAGAGUUGUCCCAAAUCCGGACCUGGAUUCUCCCAGGAGCUCCACCGAUUCUAUUGCUACAGUAAGACAGAUGAGGAAGUUGAGGAGACGCAUCACCCAGAAUUUGAGCAGUUUGGAGCCAUGCUACUUCGAUAUCAAAAGUGAUGUGACUAGUAGGUUUAAGGCUUUUAAAUUUUAUUUUAUUUUUAGAGAAAUACGAGCCUGGCCGAGAUUAUCUUGAAGAGUUUUCUCAUGUUUUGACUGGAAUCUCGCAAUACGCUGAAAUUAAACGGUUGGCCACACUAAAUUAUAAUAUCGAGACCUCAUCCAAUUUGUCCAUUGUUUCGAGUAUUGAAUUCGAUCGAGAUGGAGAGUUCUUUGUGGUUGCUGGAGUUACCAAAAAGAUCAAAUUGUAUGAUUACAAUUCCGUGGUCCGGAGUGACACUGGAAUCCAUUAUCCGUUACAACAAUUGCAGUGCACCAGCAAAAUAAGGUCAGAAUUUUAACGCUUUAUAAAUUUAAAAUCUAAUAUGGUCUAAAAUUGAGGUUUUUGUAUUUCAGUAACGUCUCUUGGAACCCGUAUAUAAAGCAUGUGUUGGCCAGUAGCGAUUACGAUGGAAAAGUUCAACUUUGGGAUACAAAUACCUGUAAAAACUUUCAAACUUUCCGAGAACAUGAGAAACGAUGCUGGACAGUGCAAUUCAACAAUGUUGAUCCUCAUAUAAUGGCCUCAGGGUCGGAUGAUGCUAAGGUAGAGAAACCUUCUUUUUUUAUUUUCGUUUUUAGGUUAAAAUUUGGACAAUGAAUCAGCCCCAUUCGGUGGGGACUGUUGAUGCCAAGGUCAACGUCUGCUGUGUUUACUUCUCUCCAACCAAUCGAAAUAAUUUCGUGUUUGGCUCUGCAGAUCAUGGAGUACAUUUGUACGACCUGAGGAACACAUCGAGGCCGGUCAGCGUAUUCCGCGGCCAUAAAAAGGCCGUUUCGUAUGUUAAGUACUGUAGUGACGCCGAAGUGGUCUCAGCGUAAGUUGAUUUCCUUAUUUUCAUUGUUCUGAGUUUAGGUCAACGGACAGCACUCUUCGGCUCUGGGACGCUAAAACCAGCCGUUGCAAGCGAGUGAUGCGCGGCCAUCAGAACGAAAAGAACUUUGUUGGGUUGGCCACGGAUGGCAAUCAUAUCGUUUGUGGGUCCGAGAACAAUCAACUCUACGUGUACUUCAAAAAUGUGGAACAACCCAUCCUAAAAUACGACUUUACCUCAAGACAAGCCGACUCAGAAGCCAAUGAAGUCUCGUUGGUAUCGCAGAAUGAAACCUCAACCAAUGAUUUUGUCUCCGCUGUGUGUUGGAAACGAGUAAGUUGGGGUUUAUGCGGAGGUGGAAGGUUUAUUUUGCUAAUUACUUGGGAAAUAAUGAACAAAAAGUUAGCAAAAUAAGAUUUUCAGAUGCUAGCUUACUCUGUACCAUUCAAUUUUUAAUUUUUUAAAAUUUUUAGAACUCCAACGUCAUUGUCGCCGCUAACUCGCAAGGCACGACGCAUAUUCUUCAAUUACUUUAG